AUGGAGAGCUCUUCUAAAAGAUCAAAGAUCUCUAAAUCUGGGCAAUACUCAAUGUUUUCUAACACAGAUGCAGCCAGUGAUGGUCAAGAAUAUGACCCAACAACCCCAAUGUCUAGUCUAAUAGGUCAAAAAGUAACGAAAAGAAAUAGUAAAACAAUGGUUGACGAAACAUCUUCUGACAAAAAGGAGUUGGAUAAUAUGACAAAAACAAUGUUAGAAAGAAGUAUUGCAGUAAAGAAAUUGGUUGAAGCGAAGGAGGCUACUAACUUUAGUACAAUGUAUGACAUUCUCAUGAAGGACACAUCUGGAAUGACUGAGAAGCAACUCAAAGAUCAUGAAUUGGCUUGUAAGUUUAUUAAGUACAAAUUAGGAGAAUAA